UGUAAACAGAAGGACGUUCCGCCUCUGGAGACGGCGUUAGAAAACAUGACCAAACUUGAGCUGCUGAACGUGUUUCUGAACGACAGGCUCACCGCGGCCGCUGAAGAGAUUUUCCGCGCCGUUAAAAACACGGUGUUGGAGUAUCAGAGCGAAAUCCUGCGUUCCAAAGAGGAGAACGAGCGACUCAAACGGCUCCUCAAUGUAGCCGUUCAACGGCUCCUACUGCAGCCAGAACCUCACUCUGUCCAGCCACAGGAAGAUGGUCAGCCCUGGGAGUCUGAGUGGAGAAGCAGUGCAGAGCUGCUGCCACAAAUUAAAGAAGAACCAAAACUCCAAAACAUUCAGACAGAUAGUUCACAAGAAGCAAGCGACUCAGAGGAAGGAAACAGUAGUCAUGUCGAGCCACUACAGAGGUCACAUCCUCCAGCAGCGCAAACUGCAUUUAGCAGACAGAGCAUCUCCCCUCCUCCACUAACAUCCCAGGAGAUUAAGGCAGAGAGUGACAGCAGGAAACAGCAACCAGCCAACAGCUUACCAUCCUCAAUGACUGUUCAUUCAAACUGCAGAGCGCCACAGAGCGAUUCUCGUGCCGGCAGUGCAAAGAGUCACAGGACUCAGAAAGCAGACCAGCAGGUGAAAGGGUUGCUUCGCUCAAAUGGAAAACAGAGCUCACACAUACUGCAGAUCAAGAAUGUGAGAUCCCUAAGGCCGCCCCCGCCUCGCUCCUCUCACCCAAGCCAGAGCAUUCAGAGGUGGCACAGCUGCAAAGAAUGCGGGAAGGGCUUCAGCUUUGCCUGCCAGCUGGAGGUCCACAUGCGCUGGCACACCAAGGAGAAGCCGUACAGCUGUGCAGUGUGCCGAAAGAGCUUCACCACGGUCAGUAUGCUGAAGAGGCACCACCGAAUCCACACGGGGGAAAAGCCCUUCCGUUGCCAUGUGUGUGGGAAAUGCUUCAACCAGUCAGCACACCUCAACACCCACUUCAGGCUGCACACCAGAGAGAGGGCCAGCUGGAGCCGAGCACAGCACUCCAAGUGAACAAAGACUCACAACAGAAAACUAACCAGACAUCUGUAAACGUGAACAUGCUUUAACUGGCCAAAUUUCAGGAUCAAACAGUGUACAGUUAUAGUGUUUGACUGUGUGUCUUGUCUGUUGUGCAAUAAAGUGUGGUCCAUUAUGA